GGUGUGGGGCUGGUUGACGACCUCUGGAGUGAGCACCUUCGCCCAAGUCCGUUGUGCGGGCUGCGCGAGGUGGACGCUGGCCGCCAGGGGGCGCCCCGCAGAGGCCGCAGGCUAAGGUGGAAACUCCGCGGGAGGCUGCUUUCCAGUAUCACACCCGCCCACAGGGUGUUUGUGGGAAGCAGGAGGGGGUGGCUUUCCCCCGCUACCUUUCCGGAGCUGAGAUGCGGCCGGUCGGUGCCCGACUUCUCUUGAAUGAAAUCACCGUCGCUGGCAGCACUGGCGAGGUGCAAUGCUAUUGACUCUCCUCCACAAGCCCACUUUGCAGACAGGAAAGCUGAGGCCCGGAAGGUGCAGUGGUCCGGGACGCACAGUUGUCGGAGAGCUGCCCUUCUCCAAUCUCAUCCCAGUCUACUCCGGUCCCGGCUUCCGAGGGUCUGUGCUCCUGGAUCUCUGCGGUCCCACCCCAACACCGUUUUCCUACCGGGUUCGACGGAUCUUCCCGCUCCCGGCUUCCUUGUCAAAACUUCCUGCCUCGGCGCGGCCAGAGUCCCACCUCCUUCCUGCCCCUUGCCCCUCCUCGUUCCCCCGCCCCGCCAGCCACAGCCUGCGGCUCCCAUCGCUCCGCUGUCGGGCUGGGGCUGCACGCAGAUCCUCGUCCCAUCCUUCACCUGGGCCACCCCGGCAGUCCGCACCCCAGGCUGACGGGGAGAAAGGACCGUCGGCAGAUGAGGAAGUAGAGGCUCUCAGGGCUCAACUGCCAUGCCUGAAGUCACAGAGCUUGUGACAGCUUGCGCUGUGUUCUGAGCACCAGGAUUCCCGAGGACACUCUCUGGCUGAGGCCACGUCGCCCAGCUCAGCUGAAUUUCUCAGGUCCCAGGAUGCCCUAGGGCCUGGCCUCUGCAAUGUCUCCACCUCUGUGCUCCCUCCUUCUGGCCCUGGGCCUGGGGCUGGCUGGAACCCUCAACCCCAGUGACCCCAACACCUGCAGCUUCUGGGAAAGCUUCACCACCACCACCAAGGAGUCCUACUCCCGCCCCUUCAGCCUGCUCCCCUCAGAGCCCUGCAACCACCCCCGGGAGAGCCCUCACACCUGCCGGCAACCCACGGUUGUCUACCGGACUGUCUACCGCCAGGUGGUGAAGACGGAGCACCGAAAGCGCCUGCAGUGCUGUCGGGGCUUCUACGAGAGCGGUGGGGUCUGCGUCCCGCUGUGUGCCCAGGAGUGUGUCCAUGGCCGCUGUGUGGCACCCAAUCGGUGCCAGUGUGUGCAAGCCUGGCGGGGCGACGACUGCUCCAGUGAUUGUGCCCCAGGAGUGUGGGGGCCACAGUGUGACAAGCCCUGCAGCUGUGGCAACAGCAGCUCCUGUGACCCCAAGAGCGGGGCAUGUUCUUGCCCCUCAGGCCUGCAGCCCCCGCACUGCCUGCAGCCCUGCCCCCCUGGCCAUUAUGGCCCUGCCUGCCAGUUCCGCUGCCAGUGCCACGGGGCUCCCUGUGACCCCCAGACUGGAGCCUGCUCAUGCCCUCCAGAGAGAACAGGGCCGAGCUGUGACGUGUCCUGUCAGCUGGGCACUAUUGGCUUCUCCUGCCCCAGCACCUCUCCUUGCCACAACGGGGGUGUUUUCCAGGCCUCCCAGGGCUGCAGCUGCCCACCUGGCUGGAUGGGCACGAUCUGUUCCCUGCCCUGUCUGGAGGGCUUCUAUGGAUCCAACUGCUCCCAGGAAUGUCGCUGUCACAACGGUGGCCUCUGUGACCGAUUCACUGGGCAGUGUCGCUGUGCUCCAGGCUACACUGGGGAUGGGUGCCGCGAGGAAUGCCCUGUGGGCCGCUUCGGACAGGACUGUGCUGAGACCUGCGACUGCGCCCCCGGGGCCCGCUGCUUCCCAGCCAAUGGCGCGUGUCUGUGCGAACACGGCUUCACCGGGGACCGCUGUGUCGAGCGCCUCUGCCCCGACGGCCUCUACGGCCUCAGCUGCCAGGUGCCCUGCACCUGCGAUCCAGAGCACAGCCUCAGCUGCCACCCGAUGAGCGGGGAGUGCUCGUGCCAGCCCGGCUGGGCCGGCCUUCACUGCAACGAGAGCUGCCCGCAGGACACGCACGGGCCCGGCUGCCGGGAGCAUUGCCUCUGCCUGCACGGCGGCCUCUGCCAGCCGGACAGCGGCCUCUGCCGGUGUGCACCCGGGUACACGGGCCCGCACUGCGCUAGCCUCUGUCCGCCUGAUACCUAUGGAGUCAACUGCUCCAAACGCUGCUCCUGCGAGAAUGCCCUCUCCUGCUCCCCAAUCGACGGCACUUGUGUCUGCAAAGAAGGUUGGCAGCGUGGCAACUGCUCUGUGCCCUGUCCACCUGGAACCUGGGGAUUUGGUUGCAAUGCCAGCUGCCAGUGUGCCCAUGAGGCAGCCUGCAGCCCCCAAACUGGAGCCUGUACCUGCACCCCUGGGUGGCACGGGGCCCACUGCAAGUUCCCCUGUCCAAAGGGGACGUUUGGUGAAGGCUGUGCCAGUCGCUGUGACUGUGACCACUCUGAUGGCUGUGACCCUGUUCAUGGGCACUGCCAGUGCCAAGCUGGCUGGACAGGUACCCGCUGCCACCUGCCCUGCCCUGAGGGCUUCUGGGGAGCCAACUGCAGCAACACCUGCACCUGCAAAAAUGGGGGCACCUGCAUCCCUGAGAACGGCAAUUGUGUGUGUGCACCCGGAUUCCGAGGUCCCUCCUGCCAGAGACCCUGUCAGCCCGGACGCUACGGCAAACGCUGUGUGCCCUGCAAGUGUGCUAACCACUCCUCCUGCCACCCCUCGGAUGGAACAUGCUACUGCCUGGCUGGCUGGACUGGCUCGGACUGUUCCCAACCGUGCCCUCCAGGACACUGGGGAGACGGUUGCACUCAGCCCUGCCAGUGUCACCAUGGUGGGACCUGCCAUCCCCAGGAUGGGAGCUGUUUUUGCCCCCCAGGCUGGACUGGACCCCUCUGCUUGGAAGCCUGUUCUCCAGGAAUGUUUGGUGCCAAUUGCUCUCAACCAUGCCAGUGUGGUUCUGGAGAGAGGUGCCAUCCAGAGACGGGGGCCUGUGUGUGUCCUCCAGGGCAGAGUGGUGCCCCCUGCAGUAUGGGAAGCCAGGAGCCCUUCACCAUGAUGCCUCCCUCUCCAGUGGCCUAUAACUCACUGGGGGCGGUGAUCGGCAUCGCUGUACUGGGGUCUCUGGUGGUGGCCCUUGUGGCAUUGUUCAUUGGCUACCGCCAUUGGCAAAAAGGCAAGGAGCACCAACACCUGGCAGUGGCCUACAGCAGCGGGCACCUGGACGGCUCUGAGUAUGUCAUGCCAGAUGUGUCUCUGAGCUACAGUCACUACUACUCCAACCCCAGCUACCAUACCCUGUCACAGUGCUCACCUAACCCCCUACCCCCUAACAAGAUUCCAGGCAGUCAGCUUUUCCCCAGCCUCCAGGCCUCUGAGUGGCCGGGUGGAGCCCAUGGGCCAGACAACCAUGCCACCCUGCCUGCUGAUUGGAAGCACCGCCGGGAGGCCCCUCCAGGGCCUCUGGAUAGGGGUAGCAGUUGCAUGGACCGUAGCUACAGCUAUAGCUACCGCAGCAGUAAUGGCCCAGGUCCAUUCUACAGUAAAGGGCCCAUCUGUGAAGAAGGGCUUGGGGCCAGUGUGGCUUCCCUGAGCAGUGAGAACCCCUACGCCACCAUCCGGGACCUGCCCAGCCUGCUAGGGGGCCCCCGGGAAAGCAGCUAUGUGGAGAUGAAAGGCCCUCCCUCAGGAUCUCCCCCCAGGCAGCCUCAGCUCCUGGACAGCCAGAGGCAGCGAUACCUGAAACCGCAGAGAGACAGUGGUACCUAUGAGCAGCCUACUGCUCUGACCCAUGACCGAGACUCCGUGGGCUCCCAGCACCCCCUGCCUCCGGGCCUGAUGCCUGGCCACUACGACUCCCCCAAGAACAGCCACAUCCCUGGCCACUAUGACUUGCCUCCCGUACGGCAUCCCCCAUCACCCCCACUUCGGCACCAGGACCGCUGAGGGGUCAAGGUGGUGUGCAGAGGCCAGUACACCUGUUCUUGCUGCCCAAUGUUGAGAACAGAGCCAGCUGUACCCUGCAAGGAGCAGGGGAACUUCUGGCAGGUUGUGAAUGUGAACGUGUUUAUGAACAAUUUUAAUAGAGGAAGUGAAUGGAGAGAUGGAAACCUGGCUCCCGGUUCCACAUUGGGAGGCUGGUUGGCAGGAAACCUGUGUUUCCUUUCUCUAACCCACUGCCUGAGGGCUUCCAGGGCACGUGUGUAUAUGUAAACUGGUGGGUUGAAUGUUACUGGAUAACUCUGAUGUCAUAUUGAUGUAAAAUGUAUAUUGGGUAGCUUUUCUGUGCACUCUUAGGCUGGGCUCUAUGUUUGUGUGUAUGUGUGCGUGCGUGAGCUUCUCUGUGUGCGUGUGCUUUCAGAGGGGUAGCAGGCACAGGCCCUGUCCUACAGCCCUCACCAUUUAGUAGAGAGGCAGCGCAAAGACAGUUAACCUUGGCAACAGUGUCCCAACUGGCUCCCCCUGCAUUCACUUGGCACCCCUUCCAACCAACAGCUCCAAAUACAAGCUGGUAAGGCUGCCUCUGCCUGAGAGUCUUCAUGGGUGCCCCAUUGCUACUGGGCCAGAGUGAAAACUGUCAAAGGUCUUAAUUAAAGGGUCUGCUAGCUGUCCUAUCUCUGUCUUCAGCUUCACCUUGGAUUAUGUUCGCUGCUCCAGUCACACUGGCUUCUAGGUCCUCCUAUUUAGCCAUUCUUCUUCCUGCCACAGGGACUUUGUACAUCUGGAAUGUUCUUCCUCUCCCACUCACCUGUUAACUUCUACUUGUCCAUCCCCUCCUCUGGGAAGCACCUCUCUUUAACAGCACCGAUCACAGCUGUAUUCAUUCACCAGAUGCCUGCAGAGGACCCACAGGGUGCCAGGCACCUCUGUAAUGUGUUGCUUCUUUAUGUGAUUCUUUGAUUAAUUUCUGCCUCCCCCACCAGAAUGUAAGUUUCCUGAAGGCAGGAGUCCUGUGUGUAUGCUCAACAUUGGUUCCCCUUCACACAUAGUAGGUACCCAAUAAAUGUUUCCU